AUGACACACACAGAAUGCGAAGACUUGGAGUACUUAAGAUCCAUUCAAUCCGUUAGGGAAACUUGUAAGAAAGUAUACGGCCCCCCUUUGCAAACAGAAAAUGGUGACAGUACACAUUUUGAAGUGGAUCUGGGUAAAAUGUCGAAAGUGACAGAUUACUUGGUCAAUAUUAUUGAAAGAGAUUACAAGAACCUAGGCGAUAUUCCUGUUCAUGGAAGAUGGCAACAUUUAAACUGUAACGGUAUUGAUAGAAUGGGAUCUCUCAUUAAUUCCUGGGCUGCCCAGAACAUCGAUCCUUUGGAGGUAUGCAGACGGUUGAUUGAUUUGAUAACGUUUAGUGUGAUUGUCGAUGCUGGUGCAGGUUCAGAAUGGUCUUUUGUUGAGAAAGAAACUAAGAUUAACAGAUCAGAAGGACUAGCGGUGGCCUCUUUCUAUAUGUUCAAAGAUGGUGCCUUAUCGCAUGAUAAAUCUCAGACAGUACAAGGUUCUAGAUUGAAAGACUUCAGUCAACAAGAUUUUGAUAAAGGGUUUCAGAUAAGUAGUAAGAACUCUUUGCAAGGUUACGAAGGUAGAAUUCAGUUGAUCAGAAGUUUAGGGAAAUCCCUUUCUGAAAGACCUGAGUUAUUCGGUGAAGAUGCCAGGCCUGGUAAUAUAAUUGAUCACCUUUACAAAUUAAAUGGCUCUGAAAACAUUGAUUUGCAACAGUUGUGGGAGGUUCUAAUGACUGGAUAUACCUCUAUAUGGCCUACUGGAAGAUUAACUCUGAACGGUGAACCUUUAGGCGAUUGCUGGGUGUAUAAAACCGAAAACGAUGAAAUUAUCGUGUCAUUUCAUAAAUUGACGCAGUGGUUAUGUUAUUCAUUAUUGAGACCACUAGAGGAAUUUGGCUACAAGUUCAAUAUAUCUUCCAAGGACUUGCAAACAGGUCUACCAGAGUACAGAAACGGGGGGUUGUUCUACGAUUUGGGUGUACUAUCUUUGAAAGAAGAAUAUUUGAACAUUGGAUUGACUAAUUCGAAGAAGUAUGGAUAUGAUCCGUCAAUCCCAACAUUCACGCCCGAUGAUGGUGUAAUUGUAGAAUGGAGAUGUCUUACCAUUGGGCUCUUGGACAUCUUGUUACCAUUAGUAAACGAUAAAUUAGGUUCUAAUUUACAAUUGUCACAGUUGAUAGAAGCUGGAACCUGGAAAGCUGGAAGAGAAAUUGCCGCAGAACUUAGAUCAAAAACAUCUGGGCCACCGAUCAAUUUACACAGUGAUGGCACAGUUUUUUGA